GAGAUCCAUUGAACGAUGUUUUCUCGCCUGUAAAACAAUUAUAUUAAAUAACCACUCUGAAUACUGCUAUCUGAAAUGGGUGAUAAUUUGCAUUUUCUGUAUGUAACGCUGCUAGACGAUUUGAUCUUCCUCCUUAGCCUUCGGAAAAACAGCGGCCUUUUAUUGUCCAAGUCAAAGUAAUCGCGUAGGCUUGAAAUCCAGUACAUUCGGUCAUUCGGCAGCCAGAAAGCAUCUGCUUCCAAUUUCCUUGCAAGUUCUUGUUUUCACUACCAUUAUUUCUCAGAGCAACAUGCAGAGCUGUCUGUCUGAAUUUGUAACUUUGACUUCCAGAUCUCUUCCGUAGAUAACCUUUUAUGCCACAAUGUGUUGGAGACAGUUUUGCCGAGAAGCAUAUGGAUUCUUCCAAAGCAGAAUAGAUUGUUGCAAAAUGAAGUGCUGCACUGAGAUUAACACCUAAGGGAGGAGGGGAAAAAAUUUGUACGUCUUUAUCCAAAAAGCAAAGAUUGUGGAUGAAAAACAUUUAUACUGAGACUUUUUUUCAAAGGUGUGCAGUCUUCAGAGGUCUUGUUACAAACUGAAGGUGUAUUUUUCAGCUUGUAGAUUGCUUCAUGUCUUUAUUGUAACAGUGUACUCAAAGCACAUUGAAUUUGAUGACAUCAUUUUGGUUUUCAAGUGAAAGUGAAACUGACUAGAAGGGGAAAGUUUUCAUUUUUGAGACUUUUCUGUAAAUAGCAUAAGAAUGGGUAUAAGAUGAGAUGCUCUAAGAAACUGAAGAAUUAAAACUAUAAUGUGUAUACACAUAGUAAAGAAACUGAGUGGUAGAAGGAAUAGGAAUCUGAACUACUUUCAGCCUGCUGAUGUUCCAUAAAAGGUGGUAAUUUAAGAUGACCAAUGUGAUCAACGUGUCCCAAGAACUUACUGAAUUAAACUGUUUUCAGGAACAAACCUAAAAUUUACAGCGAACAAGAGUUCUAUCAGUUUUAUUGAUAAGAAUUUAUAAUCAGUUUUCCUUAAAAAUUAAAAAGUCCUUCUAUAGUGUUUGAAAAUCAGCCGUACAGCCUUAUUUUGGCCUUUAUUUGGCAGCUGUGUAUUCUGUAGGAUUGAAAUUUCUCGCUUUUGUUGUCUGCCUUUACAGAAAACUCUUGUGCUACUUGUAGAUAUAAAGUGUUUUUUUUCCCAUUGUCCACAUUUGUCUGGAAAUCCAGUAACAUUUUGACUUUAAACUUAUUUCAAGACAGCUUCAUAUUGUAUAUUUUCAAAUCUCAGUAUGUCCAAAUUUCUGACCACUGAUCUUAAAAAUGUGUAUCUAAUAGCCUGUCUGUUCCUGACAUAGCUGAAAUUACCUGAAGAACAAUUAGCAUGACACUUUUCAACUGAGCUAAAUCGUAUCUGGAUCUUUAGAUGGCUUUGUUCAGUCGCACUCAUCUUGUUGCUGUGACUCAGUUGAUGGCACAUUCGCUUAAAAGCCAGCAGACUUUGGUCUGUGAGACUUGUCUCUAUCAGAUACUGACGUGAAAUCUUUCAUAAGAGAUCAAUGCAGGAACCUGACCAUGUGGAAGUUAAAUGUUCUUUGGUCUGAUUUUUAGAGCUCUUUCCCCUCCUUGAUUCGUUGUUGUCUUCAUCAGACCUUGAAGUAUGGGGAUGUUGAGAGUACAGCAGUAGGGGUAAGGUGACAGUGAUGUGACGAGUGGUGGUUUAUCUCAGAAAUUUCUGACUCUAAAUAACUCAGAAGUGUAGUUUCCCUAAGAACACCACUCAGAUACCUGAUCAGCUGUGGGGCAGCUUUCUGGUUAGCACACCAACUGCAAAGGUCAUAUUCCAUCAUCAGCAUACACGUGUCUUACUGUUCCCUUCGUGCUUUUUCAUACGAUUGUCUCUCUGUCUCAUUGUUUUUCCUCAUUUCCCUGCUUUUAUUUUUCUCGUUUGCUUCUUUCUUCUACGUGGGUUUGCAGCAGCAGCAUGGCAUCGUUGUGUAAGUGUGGGGUCGAGGCAUGGCGUGGAAUCUGGUUCUCUGCAACCCGGUUCCAUGCGAGACUGGGACGUGUUGGGUUUUGUUCCCUGAUAAUCUCUCCAAAGCAGUGGACGAUGAAAUGCCAAUUGAAAACUGUGACAAGAGGAUUAGUGAGCAUCUGUUCAAAGAGAGAGGAUUAUUUUGGAAAGCGGAGAACUUUCCUGAUGUAGCGAAAACCUGAAUGGUGCGGGUCCUUCCAUUAACAGCAGGACACACCGUGCCUUUCCUGACCACGUGGCUCUCUGCUGAAUCACUGCAAGGGUCUGGCUCCUAAAGCUCCCUGGAACAUCUGGCCGCAUGUAGCUGCCGUUAAGUUCCGUUUCGAGCCAGUCUGUAAGUGUGUGAAAGAGCUAGGAGGAAACUGGUGCGUGAAAAUGGAGGGAGUGAGGAAUAACUUGGAAAAUGGUUGGAAGAGUAUCAAAUUGUGUAAGGAGUGGAACCAUCAUAUCAAUGGAGCGACUCACAGCCGACGUUGUCAGCUGCUUCUUGAAAUAUACCCAGAAUGGAAUCCUGACAGUGAUUCAGGACAUGGAAUGGGUGAUCCCUUUAUGUUGCAGCAAUCCACAAACCCUGCACCAGGAAUUCUGGGACCCCCACCUCCUCCGUUUCACCUGGGAGGACCUCCUGUUGGGCCAAGAGGAGCUGGAAAUGGAAAUAUGCAAGGACCGAGACACAUGCAAAAGGGCAGAGUGGAAACAAGCAGAGUUGUUCACAUCAUGGAUUUCCAGAGGGGGAAGAACUUGAGAUAUCAGCUGCUUCAGCUCGUCGAGCCAUUUGGAAUAAUUACAAAUCACCUGAUUCUAAACAAAAUCAAUGAGGCAUUUAUUGAAAUGUCGACCACUGAAGAUGCCCAAGCAGCAGUAGAAUACUAUUCGACAACACCAGCGCUGGUAUUUGGUAAACCAGUCAGAGUCCACUUGUCACAGAAGUACAAAAGAAUAAAGAAACCCGAGGGCAAACCUGACCAAAAAACCGAGCCACCAAAACCAGAACUUGGUCGUGUGAUUCACCUCAGCAAUUUACCUCAUUCGGGAUACUCUGAUAACGCAGUACUCAAACUGGCUGAACCAUAUGGAAAAAUUAAGAACUACAUACUCAUGAGAAUGAAGAGUCAGGCUUUCAUUGAGAUGGAGACCAGAGAAGAUGCUUUAGCUAUGGUUGAGCAUUGUGCCAACAAAGCACUUUGGUUCCAAGGCAGGUGUGUGAAAGUGGAUUUAUCUGAAAAAUACAAGAAAUUGGUGUUAAGGAUUCCAAACAAAGGAGUUGAACUGCUGAAAAAGGAUAAAACUAGAAAGAGAACAUACUCUCCAGACAGCAAAGAUUCUCCAAGUGACAAGAAGUCUAAGACUGAUGCUGCUCAGAAACCUGAAAGUGGCAGUGUGGAAGAUAAAACAAAAGAGGAGAAACAAGAUGAUGCUGCUGAGCCAUCAGGCGCUAAAAGUAGUGAACAGGCAGACCAAGAUGAGCCUAGUUUACUCCUUGAAUCUGAAGAUGAGCUGCUAGUGGAUGAGGAGGAAGCAGCAGCACUGUUGGAAAGUGGCAGCUCAGCGGGAGAUGAUGCAGAUGUUGCCAAUUUAACUGAUGUGACUACUGAAGAAAAAAAGGAACCAGCUGAUGAUGUGACCGUAAAAACUGAGGGAAAUGUUGUGGCCAAUCCAGCAACAAAGAAAAAACUUAAAAAGCGAUACGUGGGUGGCUUUCCACGGAGCAUGGAAGGCUUUGUCACUCUAGAUGAGGUUGGUGAUGAAGAAGACUCGGAUCAUCAAAAACUUCGCAAGUCGGGUUUGGCAGUAAAAACUGCUGGCAAAAAUGAUGAUAGUUUGGCAGAAAUCAAGGUAGACAAGAUUGAGGAGCCAGAGCAGGAAAAUGAAACGUUAGAAAAUGGUACCAAGACCGAAGAAAAUCCGAAGGCUGAAGCUGUUGAAGCUUCUGAUACCACAACAGCACAAGAUACUGAGAAAAAUGCCCACGAAAAUACAGACACCCAGGAUGAACAGGAAACAAAGAAUGUCCAAGAGAAAGCUGCUGUUCCAGAUGAAUUUAGGAUUGGGCCAUACCAGCCAAACAUUCCUGUUGGUGUGAAUUAUGUGGUACCCAAAACAGGGUUUUAUUGCAAAUUGUGUUCCCUGUUCUACACAAAUGAAGAUGUUGCAAAAAAGACCCAUUGCAGCAGCCUUCCUCAUUAUCAAAAGUUGAAGAAAAUUCUGGAUAAAAUGGCAGAAGACCACAGGCAAAGAAAGAAGCAUAAAAGGAAGGAUGGAUGUAAGGAAAACAGUGGCUUUGUUUUUAAUGUUAAUCUUUUUUAAAAGCAGUACAAGUAGUAGAUGGAAAUACUGUAUUCUUUUUUGUUUUAGUGAAAUACAGUAGGCAUUAUAGGUCUGUUCAUGUGUUAAAUGUUGUAGCAAAAAGCAUAAGCAGUUAAGUUAAUGACAAAAAAUUGUUCUUAAUGUGGGAAUGGCAACAAGUUUUCGUUUUGGCACUUCGAGCUAUUAAAGACAAAAUAUUGCAUCCUUGUGGAAAGCUCAUCUAUGGCGAGAAAAUUUCCUUUAAGUGAAAUUCACUACUUUCAAGCUUCAAAAAUUUGUCUUUCCAUUCUCAAUAAAAAAUAAAAAGUAACACUGUAUUUUUUUUUCAUCUAGAACAUUCCAUAUUUCAGUCUGAGCCUAGCAGAUACUUAAUUUGGAGUGUAAGGCUGUCAUUGCAUUUCACUUUUGAAAAGUCUUUAAAUGUAAGUUGCAUUUUUAAAUGUUGAAUUGCAGUUUCUUUUAAUGUCAUUGCUGUUAUAUAGCAAAUAGGAAAAUUAGUGAUUAGUCAGCUUUACAACUUCGUGAUUUUUUUUCUAAGCUCUUGAUAGACUUUCCUAUUCGGCUAUACCUUGUAUUUUUAGUGGAAAAGUAAAUGCCCAUUCUCCUCUGACCAGUAUUAUUUCCUUGAGCUCUUCCUGCUUUUACUUGAAUCUUGUAGCUGUCGUACACUUCUGGUAUAAUCAAAAGCAGCAUUUGAGUCCUGAAAUGUAAAAAGGUAUCUUUAUAUUCUUCACAUGUAAUUUUUUCAUACCUGCAUUUUAAAACUGUUUUUGUUAAUCUGGUUUCGUCAAGGAUCUUUAGAACUGUGCUCUUAAUGUACCUGCACAUGUGAUAUGUGAACAGGAAUUUGCAUGUGUAACCUGUGUUUAUCUGUAGUUUUUGUUAUUUACUGCUUAUUUGUGAAUUCAGGUUACUAAAGUGAUUUACCAAUAAACAAAGCUAGGCAAUGGUAA